AUGAUCCAGUUACAGUCGUAAUGAUUUACUAUUGAUUCCAGUCACAAAAAAACGUUAUAGUGUAGUCUCUGAGUGACCAUUAUAGGGUUAUUAUUAAGGUUUGUUAGGUAACACUGGACUGGAGUGGGUGGUAUUAUCUCAGUGAGAAGAAACACCGGCAGUAAUAAUGGCGCUCACCACUGCUCACUCCUCCUCACUCCUGCUGGCAACUAUCAAUAAUGUGGGGACACGUGCACUUGGAACAUCUGCAACUCAUCUGGUGGGCGCCAAGACAAAGGCAUCUUUGUCACGGCCGGGACUGAAAAAUAUUGUUGUGGUGGAUGGGGUGCGAACACCCUUCCUCGUGUCUGGAACACAGUACCAGAAACUGAUGCCGCACGACAUUGCCCGUCAAGCUCUCAGGGGUUUAGUAUCUCGCGUUGGAUUGGACAAAGCUUCUGUGGACUACAUUACCAUGGGUACGGUCAUCCAUGAAGUAAAAACUUCAAAUGUUGCUCGUGAAGCAGCUUUAGGGGCAGGCUUUUCUGACAAGAUUCCAGCUCAUACUGUCGCAAUGGCCUGCAUCUCCUCCAACCAGGCAAUAACAACCUGUAAGUGGGGGUGGAGAGGGAGUAAGACAAAACAUCUUUUGUAAUAGAUAUUCACCACA